CUACUAUCCACUGAUCAGUACACUCAUGACAGUAUAACAGCAUCCCAACACAGGCUCUCGAGUGACAGAAGAAGACAGAGUCUUUGCUAAGUAAUUUAUUUAUUUUUAUCGCUGGAGAUUUGAGGGUUUGGACGCUUUAGGAACACAGCAUGUUUGUGACUGUGUUACUGCUUCUGGUCACGCUGUGUGCCCGGGGAGGACAUGGCGAGGAGAAAGUGGAGGCACAGAGACCCGGCCAUGUUUCAGUUGUGAUAGUUGGAGGCACGGGUGACUUGGCAAGGAAGUACCUGUGGCAGGGCUUCUUCGAGCUGUACGUUAGCCAGGUUGGCAGUGGAAACACCUUUUCCUUCUAUGCCGGAGGACUGUCACCCGCGGACCAGGCCACACCGGUUCUCUUUGAGAUCCUAAAGGAGGCAUUCUGUUUAAAGCACAUAUCUGAGGAGCGCUGUGCUGUGCUGAAAGAGCAGUUCCUGCGGCUUGCUCAGUAUCGGCAGCUGAAGACCCUUGAAGACUACCAAGAGCUGGCCAAGCACAUUGAAAAACAACUUCAGGAAGAAGGAAUGGCUGAGGCAGGGAGGCUCUUCUACCUCUCAGUGCCAGCAUUUGCCUAUGCAGACAUUGCUGACAAGAUUAACAACAGCUGCAGGCCGACCAGUGGGGCAUGGCUCAGGGUGGUGCUUGAGAAACCUUUUGGACAUGACCUCAGGAGUGCUCAGGUACUAGCAUCUCAGCUUGGGAACUCCUUGAAGGAUGAAGAAAUGUACAGAAUUGACCACUACUUGGGGAAGCAGGUGGUUUCAAAGAUACUUCCAUUCAGAAUAGAGAACAAGAAGUUUCUGGAUCCCAUCUGGAACAAGUACCACAUUGAGAGAGUGGAGAUUGUCUUGAAAGAGACCCUGGAUGUUAAAGGUCGCAUUGCCUUCUACAACCAGUAUGGGGUGAUCAGAGAUGUGCUGCAGAACCACAUGACGGAGGUCAUGACACUACUGACCAUGCAGCUUCCCCUGAAUCUGAGCAGCAGUGAGGAAGUUGCCCAUAACAAGCUGCAGAUUUUGAGUUCCCUGCUGCCUUUAGGAAAGAAACAAGCUGUGAUAGGCCAGUACCAAGCGUACCAAACAGAAGUUCAGCAGGAGCUGAAUAAGACAAAAGAUCACAUCAGUGUAACACCAACAUUUGCAGCUGUGUUGGCACACGUUGAUGAGGCCCAGUAUGAUGGUGUGCCAAUUCUUUUGAUCUCAGGGAAGAUGUUAGAUGAACGAGUGGGAUACGCCCGCAUUCUUUUCAAAAAUGAUAUCUUUUGUCUUCAGAACCACAACAAUAUUCACUGCAAACCCAAACAGAUAGUUUUCUACUUUGGGCAUGGUAGCCUUAAAUAUCCAGCAAUUCUUGUAAGUAAGAAUUUAUUCAAGCCAGCUCUAAUGGAUGAGUGGAAGGAAGUGACAGAGCAUACAGAUGUCAGUGUAUUAGGUUUGCCUAUUUCGGACUACUACGUACAAACUCCAACAGUGCAGAGGGAAGCCUAUGCAGAACUUAUUGCUCACAUUUUUGCCGGACGCAAAAAUAGUUUCAUCAGUACUGAAAACCUCCUGGCUUCUUGGGGAUUAUGGACACCACUGCUCAAUGGCCUCACCAGCUCAUUUCCUCGCAUCUACCCAGGAGGUCUCGACAAUGAGGACCUGCUGGACAUCCGUCUGAAAGGGAAUGAAAUAAGCUACAACAGUGAGGUGGUAAUAAUCAGCCCUGAUCAGAUGGGUGGCACACCAACCAACAAUUUCCAAGUGAUGCAAGGCAAAUUUCGUAGUGCAGACAUGGUGUCUGCCUGGGCUGAGGAGCUGGUGGAGAGGCUGGCUGCAGACCUACAGGAAGCUGCAGAGGCAGCUGUUCAUGAGGGUGGUGUUUUCCAUCUCGCCCUCUCUGGUGGGUCCACACCCCUCGCUCUGUUCCACAGGCUGGUCCUGCACCACUUCUCCUUCCCCUGGAGGAACACCCAUGUGUGGAUGGUGGAUGAGCGCUGCGUGCCACUCACUGAACUGGAGUCUAACUUCCACAGCUUGCACGACCAUCUACUGCAACAUGUGCGUAUACCUUAUUACAACAUCCACCCCAUGCCAGUGCAACUCAACCAGCGGUUAUGUGUGGAGGAGGAUAGAGCAGCACUGCUGUACGAGAAAGAGAUUAGUAAGCUGGUCAAUGGCUCCAGGUUCCACUUUGUACUGUUGGGAGUUGGCUAUGAUGGUCACACUGCCUCUCUCUUCCCUGGUACUAAGGUGGAUGGGCAUGAGGAGAGUCUGGUGGCCCUCACUGAAAGUCCUGUGAAACCUCACCAGCGUAUGAGUCUUACAUUCAGUGCCAUUAACCAAGCCCAUCAGGUCUCUCUUUUAGUGAUGGGCAAAGGCAAACAUGAGCUGAUUACCCAGCUGAGCCGAAUGAAGGACAACCCAAACAAAUGGCCAGUCACUGGGGUGAGGCCUGCUAAUGGCAGGCUUGUUUGGUAUAUUGACUAUGAUGCACUUUUAGGAUAGGGGUUUUAUUCCUUACUUUCAAUCAAAUGUCUUUGGACAGCUGGUUGGUGGGAAAGAAUGUAUAAGCCAGCACAUGAUUAAUGGUUUUACAUGUUUACACUUAUUAACUACAGAUUAUAAAAUAAAUCGCCGCCUACAUUCCAGUACAGAAAUCAAACCUUGAUUAUGUGAAGUUCAAUGCACCAACAACAAAGUUGUCUCUUUUAGCAACUGCAGUUGAAUGUGCAAUAACUAAACUUAAAGAGUCAGCGGCUCACUGUAGUGUUUUAUGUGAUGGACUACCUACCUCACAAUUUGAAACUCUUUGCAAGUUGAUUUUCCUUGCACAAGCACUGUACUGAAGUGAACUGAGUCCAAUGGCUUGCUGCCUGGAAGCCUUUAAAAGCUUUAAAAAUUGGUGGCAGUAAUGUAAAGUUAUUGUAAUCUGUAGUUAAUAGGUUAAAACAUGGUGGGGUCAUUUUUAACUUAUGUUUAAUUUGAUGGUAAAACAUUGGGAAAGUAUUUUGCUGUGUGUGUGUUUUAUCGAAGCCUAAUUAAGUGAUAUGAAUGAAAAUCUAUACAAAUAUAUCUGGUAUAUGUAUCUGCAGUUUACAAAGUGCAGGGUAUCAAGCACUAUAUCUGGUGCCUAAACCAAUUCCAACAAACAGAAUAAUUUACUUAUUACAACCCAGGGUGUCUCUAUGUGUGAAUUACGUAAAAUCUCAGGUGAAUUUUCAGAUGUACAGUUUACUGUGUAGUCUACUUUUCUUGGAUGUUUGUUGUUAUUGUGGAGUAGCAGGGACCCGCAUUAAAUUCCAUCAUUUAGUUAACGAAAUAGCUAGUGAUUUUCUAUAUUUUUCUUGUUUUCAACAAAUCUACUUACAAGUAUUAUAUGUGUACCCAAAGUCUGAUAUAUCAUAUUUCUCUGUGCUGCAGACUUUGUCCAAAAAGUAUUAAAAACACAUUAGAGAGUCACAGUGUUGCAGUGGGUGACUUGUUCCUUUGCCCUGAGUAGUACAGGCACAUCAGUUUGUUUAGAAACAGCUCUAAAGACUAAUACCAGUGAUCAUAUUUUUAGUCUCCAGAGAGUAGUUCCAUGUAGGCAGACGCCACACAGGAACACAGUUCUGUUUACAGAGCUUUAGUAGCUUGUUGUGCUACAUACUACAACCUCUUGACUUUGUACUGGAGUUAUUUACAAAGUCAAGACGUUGUGAUAUGUAGUACAACAAACUGGUAAAAAUGAAACUGUGUUCCUACAAAUGGGCAGAGUAGUUCUGCCUUACACAGAAUUACUCUCUGGAGACUGAAAAUGGGAUCGCUGUUACAAGUCUUUGGAGCCGUCUCUAAGCAAACUACUGUGAUCAUACUAAUUAAAUAAAGGGGCCAGGUAUACUACUUGUAAGUAAGUGUAAUUCAUUGUUGGUUUGGCUCUGCACAAGAGACAAUAAGAAAAAUAAAGAAAAUCACCAUGGUAAAUGGUAAAUGGGCUGUACUUAUAUAGCGCCUUUCUAGUCUUUACGACCACUCAAAGCGCUUUACAUUACAACUCAUUCACCCAUUCACACACAUUCAUACACUGAUGGCAGGAGCUACCACGCAGGGUGCCAACCUGCACAUCAGGAAGAAGUUAACCAUUGAUUCUCAUUCAUACACCGUUGGUGCAGCAACGGGAGCAAGUUGGGGUUAAGUGUCUUGCCCAAGGACACAUUGACAUGUGGACUGAAGGAGCCGGGAAUCGAACCGCCAAUCUUUCAAUUGGAGGACGACCACAGCUACAGCCGCCCGCAGCCUUCUCCUUUAACAUAAAGGCUAAAAAUAAAACUGGGGCCUUGGAGGCAAUAAUCAUUUUUGUGCACAAGUGGAAAACAUACAUUUGUAUUAAAUAUAUUAUUUGAUAUAAACUAUAUAAAAAAAAUUUCAAUUAGCUGCUUCACAUUGCUAACUUAUACACAUUCCAUUAUGAAAAUAUCUGUGGCCUUCCAGUGAUUUUUUUUCAUAGAAUGAUUCCAAAUACAUCUAGCUUUAUUACAGUUUGAGGUUGGUUAAGUAUAUCGUAUAUUUAAAUUUUAAACCUUUAAAUUAAAGUGUAUUGCUACUGAAUUUCAGCAGUUAUCUGUCUGUAAAGGAUAUGUUGGGACAUACACUGAAAAAACAGCUGUGACGUACAGGACAAAUACAAAAUAUACUGUAUGUAGAGCACUUCCAUUCAUCACAUUUUCACCACAUGAUUAACCCAAGAUGCAAAAUGCAUUUUUAACCCUUUUAGCUCAAAUCCCCUGCCAAAAAUAAAUACAAAAAUACAUUUCUCUGUUUUAUUAUAUCAGAAUCUUAUUAUGUUUUUGUCUAGUAAAACAUAUUUGAAUAUGUGCUUAUGUAGGAACCAACCAAUAAUACCAUUACAUCCACCCAUCAAUGUGUCUUCAACUUAAACAGCACAGAGCUAAGAUUCAUUAACACUCCCACUUUUCAACAUUCAACUCAAAUUCUUCCCAACUUUAUGUCUCGUAUGUCUUUCCUGUUUCAUUUGGAAAUAUGUCACAAUGCAUCUGGACUUUAUUAUUAUGAUUUUCUACACGAUUGGAUUUUAAGUGUUUAAAGUUAAUAAUCUUUCAGUUGUUUUAAAGCUUGACAUUACCUUUUUCAUACAUGUAUUUCUGGUGAAUAAAUAUCUGAAGUGUGAAAUGAAUUCUGCUUUGUGGCUUUGCGGAAAUUAAACUUAUUUUUCAA